UAACGUGCCCGCCGCUUGUCUCAGAUUCAAAUUUUUGAGCUUCUUAAGAGUAAUUAUCAUCUAACUUAAUUACUUGUGACUCCCAUGAUUUGUAAUUUUUAAUGAUUUAGGCUAACUUCCAGUGUUUUUCUCGACGCUUUUUUGUCAGGGACUCAGCCCAGUCAUGCAAUCUUGAACUGGCUAGGGGGCGCUAGGAUUUGUCUCUCGAGUCUCGGGUUAUGGCCUUGCACGCACACCAACUUCCCCGGGGAAAGCGGCGGGGAGAUUUUCAGGAGACCGCUGACAAUGGUGCUGCUUUGGGACUGGGAUACGAAAACGGCAGCUGCACUUCAAGUGGAAAAGACACUCCCAUAAUCAUUACUGAAGCUAAACGACGGUGCUUUGAACCUACACCUUUUGCUGAAUGGAGCAUACCAGGGAAUAUUUCUAAUGGAUUUCAUCAUCAUCAUCCUCUACCUCAGGGACAGAUAGGUCUUUCUGAAACCCAUAUGGAUCUAGAAUCCAGUGAACAGUCUCAUGCUGCAAUCGCAUUGAACGGACAAACCAACGGCUUUCAACACAAUCAUCAAGACGGCAACUUCCACCAUCAGGACAGAGGGCAGCAUAUAGAUAUGAACGGAGGGGGCGACCCCGCUACACCCGUGUUGUGCAAUGGUUACUAUGGUUACAUAGCAAAUUACAAGCAUGAAAAUGGCGAUGUUGAGGAGGAUUCGAUGGAUACAGGGCUUACUAUGCAGGCAGAGUUUGCUAUUAAUGGACCUUCUUCAUGCAUGGAUAACAAGGAGAGGAGGGUGUGUUUAAGAUGCGAGGCAGGAGAACCAGUAAGUAUCCAAUCAGAAAGAAAUUGAAACAUGGCCAUAUUACACACAUUAUGCAACUACAAGUAUGACGACUCCAUCCUAUAUCGUACAUGGCGGAUGAUAGUUCGGUUUCUUUUCGCAGCAUCAAGAACACUAGGUAAAACUGAGAUAUCAUUUCCAAUGGUGAGAAAUAUUGCACUUUAAUGCCAAUCUUACAAGCAGACCUGGCCAUUAAGAUGGGUUCGAUAAUUCUAGCCCAUGGAUCUGCUAUGCUUCAAUAGUGGUGCUCCCAGCCGUCAAGAUAUAUCGUCUCACAGGGACCUGCUUGAUUGCCCAGGGCAUGGAAAGUAGCCAUUUCUAAUGGAUGCUUGUGCUUUCUGCACACUAAUGGCAACUACAUGUAGACCAUGAUAGUUCUAAACAAAGAAACAAAACCAAAGAACUCUGUUGAAUUUUGACAUUUGUCAAAAAUAUGUAGUGAUGAUUUCUAAUUAGGUAUUUAAAUUCAUAUAUUAAAGCUGUGUGAAAGUAACAAGAUUGUGUUUCAAUCCCAAACAACAUAAUGAAUGAUCCCUUUAAAUCUGCAAGUCCAGUGCCCUGUCAUGCUUCAUUUACUCCUGGAACAUUCUGUCAGGGAUACACCUUUAAUAGCUCUAUUGCGAUGGCACUCUCACUGGCUUAAUCAUCUCAAAAUGCCAUUUUUCUUUUCAGCCAGGAAGUAUGAAAUACUGAGGGUGCCGUGAAUAGGUACAUGUACUUGGUUAUGAAAAAAACUAGAAGAGUCCUGUCACAAAUGCCACCAGUGAAGACAAAGUCUUGGGGAGAAUUCAGGAAACAGUAGUGAGUUUCACUGACAGUUUUGCUCUUAGCCAGUCAGUUGUAAAGAUUUCAGUAGCUUAUAACAAAUACGUGUGGCACCUCCAUUUAUUCACAUCUUCAAUGUGAUAGGCCAUUCUCUAUAUAAUGAAUGUUUGUAAUGGAAAGAAAUGCAGGGAUAUACUUCUUGAAUAUUUUCAGGUAUUGCCCUUGCGUUUCUCAAUCAAGCAUAUUCUACCUUUUUUCUGUGCCUCCCUGUACAUCUGAAGUACUUCUUUUGCAUUGGCAAGUUUUGCCAAGUAUUUCCUGCUAAUAAUUCCUUGGAAAUCGGCAACCCUGAUUUUCAGACCAGAACAUGCAAAGUAUGCAUUUUGUACAUCUUCUAAGUAACAUGAUGCCAAAUCAAACACAUUUCUGUGGUCUGGGGGGAUUUGAAUUGAGAAUCAAAUUUUUUGUGCUACAACAUUGAUAAUUGUUGUUUGUUGCCAAUCUUGAUGUUGUUGUUGGUCCAUAUCUUCGUGCUGGUGAUACUGAGGUUGUUGGAGCUGUUGGGGUCGUUGCUGGUGGUGGUCAUCGUCAUCUUGUUCUGAUUGAAUCAAUAUCAACUGCAAAUUAAAGUGAUAAUAUUCUAGCACACUCUUUACAUGUAUAUUUGUGCUUUGAUAAUGGAUGUAGCUUGUUAUCGUUUGAAGCUGCAAACCAAGACCACUCUCAAGUCUUCCAUUUUUAACUGACUCCUCCCUUUCUCUCAAAUUGUAAGCAUUACCAGAAUGCUUUUUUUGCCCAAUCUUUCCGAUAUGAAAGAUAAAUACAUUUUCUUGCCCAAUCAAACAAUUAUACAUUCCAAAUGCAUCCUAAAGUCUGUUAUUAUGUGGCCAUUUAGAAUGCACCAAGAUAAAGGUUAUUCUUAAAUUAAAAUAGUUAUUUUUGUUCAACAUUACUAAUGUACCAUACAUACCUUUAUUAUUUCAUAUUCUUAGUCUUUGCCCAGGUUUUUCAUUUGCUGAUAAUGGAUGUACUGAUCCAUAAUACAUAUUGUGUUAUAAAAAAAUCCAAUAUUUAACUGGAUGAACUAUUUGUAACUAAUCAGUGGUGAGUCUAGCUUUUUUGCUAAGGGGGGGGAGGUUUGAUAAGUUGGUUUGACCCAACAACGAUGAGGUGUGUAGUAAUGCAUCCUUCGUAUUAACCCCCCCCCCCCACCUGCCCGUACAUGUAGACCGGCCACUGUUCUGCUUGUGUGACAUUCAUAAUCAGGGAAGGGUCUUGGAGUUUGACGCCACACUCCUUUUUACGAUUAUAUUUAGGGAGCCAGGGGUGUGGUCGUCUCAUCCGCCACUGAUUAGGGUUACAAUCAGAUCUGGCACUGCUAGUUAGGCUCGACUGUUCUGUGAUAAAAAAAAAAUCAUCAUCCAAAAUGUGUGCUCUCCAUGUAUGAUGUAUGUAUGUAUGGGACUGUGCCUGCAGUAAGGUAUGAUACCUAGUCUGCACACCCAGACUCCAAUUUGACGCUUUAACCAAUUAUACCAUGUCUAGGGUGAAGACUAUAUUCCAAACUCCCAGGCCCGUAUUCUGAAGUCGGGUUUAACUUAGACCUUGGCCUAACUCUGUGCUGAAAUUAUGGAAAGCCAAAAAUGUCAAAAAUUUGUUUACAUUGCAUGUCCCUUAUGUUUACUGUAAUCUUCCCUAAUUAUUUAAUGGUGAAGGCAAUAAUUAUAUUGGUAUUUACUAGACAGUUGGUAAUGAUCUGAGAGUCAAAUGAGCUGAUACAUUGAAAUUAUACUGUCAGGGAAUUAUGCCACUAUUGGCUAUCCAUAGUUAAACCACAACUUUAAACCGGAGUUUAAAUUAAACCUGACUUCAGAAUAUGGGCACCAGUCUGUGCCAUAUAAGUAGAGGCAGUCACAGAGCAUCGUGAAUUGCCUUCACCAUCAAUGAAUCAGGAAAGAGCACAGUAAACAUAAGAAACAUACAACUUAAUACAAAAAAUUGACACUUUUGGCUUGCCAUAAUUUUAGCACAGAGUUAGACUAGUGGUCUAAGUUUAACCUGACUUCAGAAUAUGGGCCAAUGUGUUUAGCCCAUAUGGUACUAGACUAUCUGUGAAGUAAAUCAACUGCUUGUAUACCAAGUGAAUAUCAACCUGUUUUCAUCUAUGCAAUCUGAAAAAGUGCUAGAAAAAUGUGAUACCUGAAAAUGCUUGAAAUAUAUCAGGGGAAAAUGUACAUGUCUUGGGGGCAAUUUGGCCCCCAAGAUGCUCAUAAGAGC